AGCAGCAGCAGCGGGGGUUGGGGGGCUGUGUGGGGCUCGCCGUGGGGCCGAGGCAGGCGGGCAGGCGAUGGCGGGGGCCGCAGCGGGCGGCAGAGGCGGAGGUUCCUGGGGGCCGGGGCGCGGAGGCGCCGGGGGGCUCCGGCGGGGCUGCUCUCCUCCAGCCCCCGCCGGCUCCCCCCGGGCUGGGCUGCAGCCUCUCAGGGCCACCGUCCCCUUUCAGCUGCAGCAGCCGCACCAGCGCCGGGACGGGGGUGGCAGCGCAGCCAGUGUCCUGUGUUCUGUGGCCCCAGAAAAGCCAAGGCCUCAGCCACCCCAGGUCCGACGUACAUUCUCCCUGGACACCAUCCUCAGCUCCUACCUUCUGGGCCAGUGGCCACGAGAUGCUGAUGGGGCCUUCACCUGCUGUACCAAUGACAAGGCCACCCAGACCCCCCUGUCCUGGCAAGAGCUUGAAGGUGAGCGGGCCAGCUCCUGUACACAUAAGCGCUCAGCGUCCUGGGGCAGCACAGACCACCGAAAAGAGAUCACCAAGUUGAAGCAACAGCUGCAGAGGACAAAGCUGAGCCGCGGUGGGAAAGAGAAGGAGCGGGGCUCCCCGCUCCAAGGGGACCAUGCUGUGCGGGGGGCACUGAGGGCUUCCCCUCCCAGCUUCCCCUCAGGGUCCCCUGUCCUGCGACUCAGCCCCUGCCUACACCGGAGCCUGGAAGGGCUCAACCAAGAGCUGGAGGAGGUGUUUGUGAAGGAGCAGGGUGAAGAGGAGCUGCUGCGGAUCCUUGACAUCCCCGACGGGCACCGUGCCCCCGCGCCCUCCCAGAGCGGCAGCUGUGAUCAUCCCCUCCUCCUCCUGGAGCCAGGAAACCUUGCCAGCUCUCCCUCCAUGCCCUUGGCAUCCCCCCAGCCUUCCGGCCAGACCAGCCGUGAGGAACACCGGGGUGCAGCCGAGGAGCUGGCAUCCCUCCCCAACGACAAAGCUUCCUCUCCAGGCCACCCAGCCUUCCUGGAAGAUGGCAGCCCAUCUCCAGUCCUUGCCUUUGCCGCCUCCCCUCGGCCUAAUCACAGCUACGUCUUCAAACGGGAGCCCCCGGAAGGCUGUGAGAGAGUGAGGGUGUUUGAAGAGGCCACGUCCCCAGGUCCUGACCUGGCCUUCCUGACUUCCUGUCCCGACAAGAACAAAGUCCAUUUCAACCCGACCGGCUCGGCCUUCUGCCCCGUCAGCUUGAUGAAGCCCCUCUUCCCCAGCAUGGGCUUCAUCUUCCGUAACUGCCCCUCAAGCCCAGGGUCCCCCCUCCCCCCUGCCAGCCCCAGGCCACCGCCUCGGAAGGAUCCAGAGGCCUCCAAGGCCUCCUCGCUGCCAUUCGAGCUGUGGCAGCGCACCCCGCCAUCAGAAGAGCCUGUGCUUUUCCAGAGUUCCCUGGUGGUCUGAGGGCCGCACCCCCACUUUACCAUGGAGACCAGUGCCUUGGUGGCAGGCCCCUCUCUAGCUCCCCUGAGAUGGGGGAUGAAGGAGCCCUUCCCUCUCGGCCUUAGAGCACUUUCAUUUAUUGUGUCAAAGCCCUGGGUCCUCUUUCUGAUGGACACCGGCCCCUUCGAAUGUGAGGGGACCUGCCUUCUCCACUAGCAGCUGGGCAGCUCACAAGUCACACCAUGUUCUUGCCACCUCCCUCACUUCAUGGAAAACUCACCCAGAAGGUCUUGGGUCCCCCAUCCCUGGGUCGUGAGUCCAGAGGUCUGUGGACAGGGCCAUUGUCUUUUUUCCUUCCCUCUCCUCCACAGACACAGACGAGGAGACCCAAAUAUACUCCCAUCCUCACGCCUCCCUCUCAUUGGAGGAGCUGACCAAAGCAGCCCGAAAGGGCCAUAACACUUGACCAAUCCAGCUGCUGGCAGAGGGGGAACCAAGCGUUUUCCCAAGUGGUAUUUUCAUCUCGCUUUCACCCUAAGAUUGUCUUAAGCAGCAGCCCAGCCUGCCCAGCCCCAGGUGGGUAGUGGGAGAGAGGGAGAGCUGGCAUUUCUCUGGGUGGCAAGUGGCGACUCUCCACCCUCCACCUGCCCCAGGACUGGGCUGGAUUAGAAAAAUGCCUAUUUUUCUUGUAUCGAUGUAGAAACUCUAUUUUCUCCCAAAGACACUAUUUUUGCAGCUGUUUGAAGUUUGUAUAUUUUCCGUACUGCAGAGCUUACACAAAAUUGAAGAAGAAUGUUAAUGUUCAAGUUUUAUUAUCCUGUGUUUAGAAGUUGUUGGGGUUUUUUUUUUGUUUUUUGUUUUUGCAGAUCUUGGUGUUAAUAGACCAAAUAAAUAUAUUCCCAGCACCUUGA